UUGAAAAACUCCAGACAUGGCUGGCCCGAUUUUGGCCGAUCCACCGCCGUCUGCAGCGGCGAAUUCCACUGGUGAAUUUGAGGGUCUUCCAAUUCCACCGCUUGACCCUACCUAUUUUGCCCAACACAUGACUGCAGCAGAUCAAGGAAAAAUCGACGGGUUUCCAAUGGAAUUACCGGAGGGCGAUGAAUUCAUGCUUGAUGACCUCGAUUUCGAUUUAUCCUUCGAUGAUAUCUUCCUUAAUAACGGUGAUGCCGUUCUCAACCCUGAUUUCCUGGCCGAUUGUCUCGGGUCGGAUACGGAUCGAGUUGACCCGAGUUUUUAUGGUCAACCUGGGAAUCAACUGAUCGAGAAUUUUGAUAAUUCUUCUGGAGAGGAACCUCCGGGUUCGAAAUUUGUUCCAGCUGACCUGAAUUGCUUUGGUCAACCUGGGAGUCAAUUGGUUAGGGAUUUCGACGAUUCUUCUAGAUAUUUCAAGUCGACGUCAGCGGAAUUCUGUGAUUUUUCCGGAAAUCAAGCAGCUGGAGGCGUUAUGGUUAUGGAUACUUCAUCGCCGGAGCUUCGACAGAGCUCAAGCGGCUCAGAUGUUUUGAAUGCAACGUCGUCGACGUCGUCCCACCAGGUUUCUGGCGAUGUCGCCGGGUACCUGAACGUGCCAUCGCCGGAGUCCAAUGGAUCCAACCAUGAGGGUUCUCGGGAGUCUGCUAAUGACAACAAGGGUUUGGGUGAUGCUAGGGUUUUGAAUUGCCAUUCGCCGGAGUCGCAGGGUUCAGGCAAUUAUGGUUCAAAUGUCUCAGAAGGGCUGAAUUAUCCGUCAGAUUCGAACAAAUCGGUACAUUCUUCUCCUAAUUUUGAAAAUAAUUCAAUAAAAAAUGGAGCUGUAGAAGAGAAAAUCAAAUUAGAGGGUGUCAAUGCUAAUAUAAGUAAAUGUAGCUCCUUGUUGAAGAGGAAAAAAAGUAGUGAAGAUUCUAAUAACAUAAACAUACACCAAAAAUUGACUAAUGUUGCAUUGAGUGACAAUGUUAAUAAUGAUGAGGAUGAAAAGAAGAGAGCUAGAUUGGUUAGGAAUAGGGAAAGUGCUCAACUGUCAAGGCAAAGAAAGAAGCACUAUGUUGAGGAAUUAGAAGAUAAAGUUAGAAUAAUGCAUUCAACAAUUCAAGAUUUGAAUGCUAAGGUAGCUUAUAUAAUUGCGGAAAAUGCUACUCUAAAGACGCAGUUGGGGGGUGCUGGUGUACCUUCGCAGGUGCCACCACCACCCCCUGGGAUGUAUCCACAUCAUCCUGUGAUGUAUCCGUGGAUGCCGUAUACACCACCUUAUAUGGUGAAACCGCAAGGAUCACAAGUGCCAUUGGUUCCCAUUCCUAAGUUGAAACCACAGGGUGCAGCGCCAGCGCCAAAGAGUAGCAAGAAAGUGGAGAAAAAGAGGACUCAGGUGAAAACUAAGAAGGUUGCAAGUGUUAGUUUCCUUGGCUUGUUGUUCUUCAUGCUGCUAUUUGGUGGGUUGGUUCCUUUAUUAAAUGUGAGAUAUGGAGGAACGAGGGAACCAUUCAUGAGUGGAGAUUCUUUUUGGAGUGGGUCUUAUGAGAAACAUCAGGGAAGAGUCUUGGCUGUUGACGGACCUGUGAAUGGGACUGGUCACUCUGGAAAGUACGGUGGAAAUGAUUUUAGCUCACAUUGUAGUCGGAGAGGUCAGGAUGAGAGCGCUCAGCCAAAUGUCAAUGGCAGUGACCCUCUAGCUGCAUCCUUGUAUGUCCCAAGGAAUGAUAAACUUGUGAAGAUUGAUGGAAACUUGAUAAUUCAUUCUGUAUUGGCAAGUGAAAAAGCCAUGGCAUCUCAUGGAGGUGCUGAUAAGAACAAUAGAGAGACAGGCCUCGCAGUUCCUGAGGAUUUAGCCCCUGCUAUCGCAGGAAGCCAUCCUCACCUUUAUCGAAGUACGGCAGUGGGACAAAGGGUUCUUGGAACUGGAGAGGAGAAUGGAAAGUCAACUGUGCAACAGUGGUUCCUUGAAGGUGUUGCUGGGCCUUUGUUGAGUUCAGGCAUGUGUACAGAAGUGUUCCAGUUCGAUGUGUCAUCUUCUGCUCCAGGAGCCGUAGUUCCUGCUACCAAUACGAGGAAUUUAUCUAUGGAAGAAAGGCAGAAUGCUACACGCGUCCACAAGGUUAGAAAUAGAAGGAUCCUCAAUGGUCAUUCCGUUACCCUUUCUAGACCCUCCCACAACAUUUCUGAAGAACAAACUGGAAAGCAAGAGAACUUCAGUGGAAAUAAGUCACUUUCUUCCAUGGUUGUAUCUGUGCUUGUUGAUCCAAGAGAGGGAGGUGAUGGUGAUGUUGAUGGCAUGAUGGGUCCAAAGUCCCUCUCUCGGAUAUUCGUCGUUGUGCUGAUUGACAGUGUCAAGUAUGUCACCUAUUCUUGUAUGCUUCCAUUUAAAGGAUCUGUUCCUUUAGUGACUACUUGAAGAUGGAGCAUUCAUGUAGCAGAGGCAUCAUGGACAACCAAUUUUGUAGAUAGCAUAAGAUCAGAUGGUCCUCACAGUUCACUUAGCUUCAAUAGUAACAUUAACUUUUAAACAGCUAUCAUACUUAUAUAGGGCGACGGUCUUCUUCUUUAUGUGAUAUAUCUGCAAUAAUAGGUUAUCGCUCUUCAAUUAUCAAAGAAGAAAGGCAACGCUCCUUUAAGUUCUCUGUAACUGUGGAUGUAUGCUUUUUUCCCAUCUAUAUUAUGUUUGUGCUCCCUAGGUUUACUUUGUUCA